CGGUCUUGCUUAUUCAUUUAGCAAAGCCCUCGCCAUGCCAAUUCACUCAUCCAAUCACUCCCUUACUUCAUACACCACCGUCGUCGUCCUCCUCUUCCUCCAAACUUCAACUCCGAUAAUCAAAGCCCUCGCCGAAAACUCCCACGUCAUCAAUUUCCAAUCACCAAACCUCUAUCCAGAAUCCCUAGCGUGGGACCCUUUAAAACAACACUUCCUCGUCGGAUCCCUCCGUCACCGCACCAUCUCAUCAAUCUCCGACGCUGGCAUAAUCGAAACCCUAAUCUCCGAUACCUCUCUCCCCGAAAACGUCACCGUUGUAGGUAUAACAGUCGAUUCACGCAACAACCGCGUCCUCGCUGUAAUCCACGCCGUCAAACCUCUUCCUCCUUUCAACGCUCUCGCCGCCUACGACCUAAAAUCCGGCAACCGCCUCUUCCUCUCCCCUCUCCCCACCGAUGAAGAAGCCCUCGCAAACGACGUCGCUGUUGAUUACAACGGCAACGCUUACGUCACGAACUCCAUCGGCAACUACAUCUGGAAAGUCAACGUGAAAGGAGAAGCUUCAAUCUUCUCAAAAUCGCCGAGGUUCACCGAACAUUCGGUGGACCGCGACACACCGUAUAGUUACAUCGGGCUCAACGGUAUUGCUUACGUCAGCAGCGGGGAUUAUCUCUUGGUGGUGCAAUCCAAUACAGGUAAGGUUUUCAAGGUUGAUGCGGACGACGGUACAGCCAGGCACGUACUUCUUAACGAGGAUCUCACGCGUCCUGAUGGCGUCGUUUUUAGAAGUGACGGUGUCGUUUUGGUGGUUUCACCGCAAGCGAAUAAGUUGUGGCUUCUGAAGAGUAAUAAUGGAUGGGGGGAGGGUGUGGUUUAUGACAAAAUUGACCUUGAGAGUGAAGGGUACCCUACUUCGGUUGUUUCGAGAGGGAGGGAUAAGAUGUAUGUGUUGUAUGGGUAUUUUUUGGAGGGUCUUUUGGGGAAUUCAGAGAGGGAGGGUUUUAGAAUUGAGGAGAUUAUGUCACCAAAGGAGAGUGAGGGAGAGAAUGUUUGGCUUUAUGUGAUGAUUGGAUUUGGCAUGGUGUAUUUUGUGUAUUGGAGGUUUCAGAUGGGUCAGCUUGUGAAGCAUAUGAACAAAAAGAUCAAUUGAUUAUUUCUAAGUUUAUAGUUUCUAUUUCAUGGUUAUAACUUUUUUUGUUUUGUUGUUAUUAUUAGGUUCAUAGAAUCAUAGGAGUGACAAUUGUAUCAUUUUGAUGUUUUAUACCAAACUCUUAUUAAGAGCUUAAGGUGGUUUAUAAAUUCUAAUGCUCUUUAUGAACGGGACAAAGGAUGAUUUGCAGCAGUAUAGUGAGAUAUCUUAAUGUAAUUUAAGAAACAUAGGGAUAAAAAGAGUAAGAAUUGAGAAGAAUAAAUGAGACCUGUUAUAGUAUGGUGUUCUA